AUGUUUUCUGUCGCUGUGCAUGCUGGUGCUGGGUUCCAUUCAAAAGCAAACGAAAAAUCCUACAAAGAAUUGUGCACCAACGCCUGCCGCGCAGCGGCAAAUAUACUGUGCUGUCCGAUCACUGAAACAUCUGCUAUCGACGCUGCCACUGCCGCGGUGCGCGUUCUUGAAGACCACAUUCUUACCAAUGCAGGCUUUGGGAGCUGUUUAUCUGUUGACGGUACUGUUGAAUGUGACGCCGGGAUUAUGUGUGGCAAAGCAUUGAAGUUUUGCUCAGUUGGGAGCGUGCGUUCCAUAAAAAACCCAAUCGACGUUGCAAGGUCAAUGCUCAUUGAACACUUGGGCUCAACUGCCUCUGAAACUGGGCGGAUCAAACCACUGAUCCUGUGUGGUGAAGGUGCAACUAACUGGGCUCGGGAUUUUGCCGGAAUACCUCUUGUGCCUAUGAAUUCUUUAAUUUCGAGACCUGCACACGAAAAGUGGAAAAAAUACCGCAAACUGGUCAACCAUUUUGAGGAGCAACUAUGCCCCAACGAACUCCAGCUUGAACACGAACGUCCGCUGCGAAAAAGACCUCGUCUCACUGACAGGAUGGAUACUGUUGGGGCAGUUUGUAUUGAUUCGUCGGGCAAUGUUUGUGCCGCUAUUUCAAGUGGGGGCAUACCACUUAAAAUUUGUGGUCGUAUUGGACAGGCCUGUGUUUACGGUUGCGGUUCUUGGGCAGAAGUUACCCCAGCACUGAGCAUUGGCGUAAAUAUUUGUCAUCACGUUUAUGAUAAGCUGAAAGUGAUAAAGAAGGAGGACGGAACUCUGCUGGUCGAUGCUCUUCGUCUUCCAAACAAAAGCUUCGCUGAUGAUAUUUUACAUCGCUAUAACGAUCUUCAGGAUAUUCAACUGUGGAUUCACUAUGCCUUGGCUCCACGCUUUCCUGCGAUCUAA